AUGCCCGCCUCCAGCACCGAGGAGAGCCUUCACAGUACUAUUCUGGAGAUUAUGAGUAUUCUGAGUAAAGAUUCACCUGACAGUACUCCCACUACUAUUAUUCCUAAUGAUGAAGCCAUGAAGGAGCAAGAGCAAGAUGAUAAUGAACUCUCGAAUGCGAACACAAUGGCAGGUCUGCAGCGAAUCUCCUCCAGCCCGAAAAUCAGUACAAACGGAUCGGAGAGAAGUGAAAAUUGUGGAGAAUUAUGUGUAGUUUGUGGUGACAAAGCGUCCGGAAGACACUACGGAGCCGUCUCGUGUGAAGGAUGUAAAGGAUUCUUUAAGCGAUCGAUCCGCAAGAGGAUUGGCUAUGUUUGCCGGAGUUCCAAAGACUGUCCCGUCACGAAAUUCCACCGUAAUCGAUGUCAAUACUGUAGACUUCGAAAGUGUCUGUCGAUGGGAAUGAGGAGUGAAUCCGUCCAAGCCGAACGCCGUCCAGUCCAAUCAGCAAACAGCACCCAAUCGGACAGUCCCCCACAGAAUCAAAACACAACACCCCGGUCAAUGACUCCACUGAAUGCCGGACUAGUAAAUGGAUUGUUGACACUUGUAAAAAUGGAUCAAGAGAAUAAAAUUAAUAUGGAUACGAUUAUGAAACCGGGCAGUCCGAUAAUCCACAGUACAAAUGGACAUUGCUCACCGGAAUUUAUGGAUAUAAAAAGAGAAUCAAUUGGAGAAGACGAGUCGGGUCUCGACGCGAUGACCGUAAUCGGUCUGGUCCCGCCCUCCGCCUCCCCGACGUCUUCUGGAGUCGGAUCGUCGUCGUCGAUUUCCGAUGAUUCUGGACCAAUUUAUAAUUCUGAAAGAAGUCGAUUUGAGAUUUCAAUCCCGCCGUCACAACAAAACGGAAAUCAGAUUAAUAUCUCGGAAGUCACUACGCGGUUACUGUUUUUGAGUGUGCAUUUUGUGAAGGACUCCAGGGUGACUAUAAGAACAUCCACAAUGGAACCACUGCUGAAAUCCAAAUGGUGUGACCUAUACAUUCUCGCUCUAAUGCAAACAGCCGACAAAAUCAAUCUGGGUCAACUGCUGGAUAAUUUGUCGAGUCAAAUGGCAAUGGGAUUGGAGUGCGGACAGUUUUCGACGGAUAAAUUCGAGAAAAUGAACGAGCAAAUGCAGCGACUGAUGCAAUUGUCACAUUUGUUCGCAUCGCGUGAUUUGAGCUCUGUCGAGUACGCCUACUUGAAGUUGAUCUCGUUUACGGCGCAAGACCUCCCCACCGCCGUCUCCACGUCAGAAACGCGGAACGUGAAUCAACUCGCAUCGCAGGAGCUAUUCGAAUACGUGUCAUCGUCAAAGAGCACCCACUUGCAUCAAAUGUCAAACGAGCACAUAAAUGUGGAUGAUUCGACGUCGGAGGACAACGACACGCACGUCACCUCUCAGCAGACGAAUACGAAUCUUGCCGCCGAAAGAUUCUCCCGCCUCCUACAACUCCUUCCAUGCCUCCGAUGGUUUGACCCGCAGACAAUCGUCGACAUAUUUUUCUCCGGUUCAUCGGUCGCGUGCAUUCCUCAUCAGAACAAUACUGUUUUAUACGCUUAUUCAACUGAUAUCGACGGAAAUACAUAUUAUCAUGGUGUUUUUGGGAUAGUAUCUAAUGCUCAUUUCUAUGCAACCACAGCAAAUGUUCGAUUCGAUACAAAAGUGGAAGAGGAGAUUGAGUAUCAUACGGAUGACAAUAGUUUGAUUGAUUCUCUAAGUUCACAUCCACCGGAUCCAUCACUUGGAUAUGGAGACAACACUACUGGAAGCAACUUGUACAAUGUGUUGAAGAAAUUUCUGAAUAAUGGGAAGCAUUCAUUAUGUGGAGCCCAAGUGUUGAUAGCUGUAAAACGUUAUCCAGAUGAGACUGAUGUAUCUGACAUAAUCACCCAACUCCGAGCCAAUCAUAUACUUGUGCAAAUUGCUGUCGACAGUAUUCCAUCAGGGGGAUCCAAUUCUGCAACACUUUACGAAAUGUCAUAUGAAACCAAUGGAUGUUGUGUGUUCGCCAACAGCAAUGAUCUUGCAAAUGCGUUCCAAUCCACUAUACUUGGUUAUCCUUACCAAUUCAUUGCUCAAAACUUUGUAGUUUCUGGAUCGGGUCGAAUCGAAAUACCGGCAUUUAAAACUCCGAUUCCAGUGGGUAUUACAGAUUAUUGUUUUGUUGAAAUAACUGUUCAAAACCACACAAUCGAUAAUUCAUUCGUAUCAAUGAAUUCCACACUUGAGAGUACUGAUGGAUCUUCUGUUUAUGAAUUUGACGACAACUAUCCUCUUUAUGGGACUGCACAAUCAGAUGAAAUUAGCUUGAACGGAUCCCUCUCUUACAAAUGGACAAUUGACUACCAUUAUAAUACAGAUGCACCACAAAUCAUUCAAUUAAGAAUGUACAGUUAUUACUAUCACGACUUCCUUCCACUGCCAUCUUUUUGA